AUGCUUCGACAACUCCGUUUGAUGGCCUUGAACUACGAACCCAGCCAGCCAUGGAAUGGAGUCUUCCGCGCGGCCGCCCGGGACCGGGAGUAUUGGGAUCGCCAUGUGCGCGAGCCGGCCCUGCUCUUUCGCACGGCCGGAAAGCAUAAGGAGCAGCCGGGCGGAACCGGGUCCCUGACUGACUUGACCCAGGAAAAGCCCAAGCCGAGGGGCACAAGAAAGUCCCAAAAGGAGAGGCUCAAGGCCCAAUUGGCCAAGGCCCUGGCCGGACGACCGACGGAGUCAGGACAGGGGCAACCGUCCACGGGAGGCACCGGAGACCCGACCGGCAAAGCGAAGGGCCGAGGGGCCAAGAGAGACAACAGAGGCCGGGAUGUGGCAAGGGGGCCACCCCCUGACCAGCCGGCCAACCCCGGGCUGAGAAGCCCGGUGCCCGGCCCGGUGCACAGCCUCACCCGGGACCGGAAAAAGAAGGGGGCACCACAGGAGGACGAGGCGUAUCCGGGAGGCAUGCGCAAUCCCAGGAGAGCCAUCCGGGAGGCCCCUAGAUGGCAAGCUUGGGGAGCCAAAGCAUCAGCGGCGCUGGAUGAAGUGCUGGCCGACUCUCCCGAGGCAUUCGCCUUGGCAGAGGGCAUCGGUGCUGAAAUGACGCCGGAAGAGGCUUUGGAGGCCCAGGAAACAUUGCAGGCGCUGGGCAAGCGAGCCGCGCGUGCCCUAGCGGAAGCCACAGGAAAAGGGAAUACAUGGGAGCCCACCGGCCCCACUGGAUGGAGAUGGGCGCUGGUCCAGGCCAUCACAGAAGGAGCAGGGGACCUGGACCACGACGUCGCGCGCUGGCUACAAGGGCGCACACCGCUAGGGAUCUCGGAACCCAUCGAGCCGCGCGGUAUCUUUCCGCCGGCUCAGCCUACGAAGGCGCAGCUGGAAAGUGCGGAGUACCUUGCUACGCGCGGGGAUGAGGUCACAGUCGAGAGAAAUUACUUCCAUUUCCACGAGAAGGAGUCGUGUGUGGAGCUGGAUCGGCUGGUAAAGGAGGGACACCUGGAGAUCGUGGGCACCUGGGAGCAGGUGACGGCCAGGUGGCCCAAAGCCAAGCUGGCGACCCUGGUCAAGGAAAGGGGAGAUGGGAGCAUCAAGACCCGAUUCGUCGCAGAUAUGCGGCGGUCCGGAAUCAAUGGCCUCGCGUCAGCGAGCGAGCGAAUCGUACUCCCAAGAGCCUGCGACGUCGUGCGGGACGCACUCGACCUACUGGAAGGCAACGCCGGCCUGGAAUUCUUCUCAGCCGAUUUUUCGGAUGCAUUCUUGAAUCUGGCCAUCGCCGAGGAAGAAAGGGGUUAUGCCGUUGUCCGAACAGCCAGUGGCGACUAUGCGGCAUAUAAGGGCGUGCCGUUUGGGCUCGCCACAGCACCCCUAGUGUGGGGGCGAACCGCAGCCUGGAUCGGACGGGCAACCCAAGCCCUUUCACAAGAGUGGCGAUCCCGCACACACAUCUAUGUAGAUGACCCCAUAUGCAUCGUGCGUGGGGACCGGGCAUCCCGAACCUUCGUCAUCGCCAAGGUUCUGGCAUUCUGGGCCGCCCUUGGAGCCCGGAUAGCCCUGCACAAGGCGGCACGCGGGCAAGCAGUCAAAUGGAUCGGGGCGGUUUUCACCGUAAUCCCCGGGGGCGUGCAGGUCGCCGUCGAUUCGGAGCGCAUUGCCCGGCUGCAGGACACGGUGCGUCAAGGCCUGGAGACAGCCGGCCUAGUCCAGGGCAUGCGCAGUUUGGCCGGGGAGCUGAGCUGGAUAGCCGGCAUAGUUCCGACCAUCAGGCCGUUUGCCAACAUGAUUUGGGCGGCUACCUACGCUAUGGAAAGGCAGGACUGUAGGGCCAAGAAGGGCCUCUCCAGGGCACGCAUUCGGCCCAGGGACGCAGUCUUUACCAAAAUGGUACGACUACCGUUGAAAUGGCUGCAACGAUUUCUGCAGGGAGAGCACGGAGGAUUGCGGCGAGUGCGUUUGAUCUGGGACAGGUUUGCCUUCCCACAGUGGUAUGUGCGCACAGAUGCUUCCACAUCCGGGCUGGGCGGCAUCCUCUUGGAUGCUAAGGGUAACCCAGUCCGGUGGUGGGCAUCACCUCGCAAUCACAGCCGGAGAGCCGGGUCUGAUGACGACCUACGAGCAAACCUGGUGGCUGCCGAGCUUGCACUGCGCACCGAGCAGCUAGGAAUCGAAUCCAUUCUAGGACAGCAUUGGGCCAAUUCCAUCAACAUUGAGGCCGACGCACUGUCCCGUUUAGCGGAAGGGAAGCAGAUACCAAAGCGGUUGCUGCCCCUUCCCCGCGAUUUUGUGCCAGAGGGGCCGCUCUUUCUCCUCUCCGAAGUCUUCAGUGACCCUCGGCUGGCACUUUGGCAAUGGCCGCGGGGGGUCGUUGGGGCAGCGGCCUGGAAAUGGAAGGCAGUGGGACUCACUGCCUCCCAGGUUCGCUCCCUCCGACGUGCACUCCCUUCCGGACCGCGACCAAGUCAGGGGGCAGCAGCAGCUCUCGCUGCCGGGCGGUCCGGACCAGGGCACGUGGCGGCGCCGCCAUGCAGGGCGACGCAGGGGGCCGAGCGGCUCACGAAGUCGGAAGAACGGAACAGAGAAGGCGGCGGCCCGGAUGACCGUGGAGGGCAGACGUGGCCACGCACCGGCCCCGCAGAUGCCUUCACCCAUGGUGGGAGGAAGCGAGGCGACCGUGCCGGGCAAUUACGCCUCAGCACCGAAUGGAGUCGCGGCAAGAGGGCGUGCCGCCAUGCGGCAGACACCAGCGCGGGCCACAGGUGCGGUGGCCCAGGCCGAUGCAAGGUCUGGAAGCUGACGGAUUUGGACACGACGGACGGUCUCCGCGACUUCCUGGGUCUCCCGUGCAACGAAGGGGCAGGGGAAGGAUCCGCGACCACACCGCCCCCAGUCAACUCGGAACGCAGCGACAAGGGGCGGAAGGAACCGGCAGGGCCGCCCGAGAAAGGGGUCAGGCGUGAACCGGAUCGGAGCGACAGCGAGGACGACCCGGAAGAAAGCCCGCCGCCAAGGGACUUCGGCGACAAGCUCGGGUUGCCUGAUUACGGCCCCAUCUGCUGCGGCUGCGGGAUGGGCAGUUGUCGCGGCAUCCAGCACCGGCAGGCCCUGGACUAUUCCACCAUGAUCACUCGCCGCGCAGGGGGGGCAGGCAGCCCGCGCAUAGCCAUUUGCCUGGCCCCGGCCAGGAACGGCGCCAUCAGGCCGACAGGCACCGACCGCCGGCUGUGCGGGCACACCCCGUGUGAGCGGUGCGUGGUGUGGGUGCGGGGGUCGCCGAUGUGCCCCUGCUGCGCAAACCGAGCUAUGGCCUAUGGGUCGCAGCUGCAAGGAGCUGGGCCGCUCCCGCCGCUGGAUGCAAGGAACAGGCAAGCAGUCCCGGAGGGCGGGGCGGGGAAGCCACCACCAGCGAGCGGACAGGGCAGGGAUCGACGGGUGGGCCUGAUCAGCCGCGGCGAGGCGCCGGCGAGGGCCCGGAGCCGGACGCCGGUGGCGAGGACGGCCUCACCCCGCAGACCGGCCUCACCGGAUGGAAGGACCGGGGGCGAGGAAUCGGGCCCGCCCGAGGAGGCGGCACCACGAAGAACCGCGGAAGCGAGCCCCGGGGCACCCAGACCGGCCUCUCCGGCUAGACGGGCCAGGGACGAGGAACGGAGCCCGCGUGGAGCAGAGAGGCCACGGAAUAACAUGGAAUCAAGCGAAGAAGAGGAGGUCACGGACGAGGAGGAGGACAGGGAAGGCCUCUAUCGCAACAUCGCGGGAUCCAAAGGAGAUUGGGCAGAGAGGCCAGAACGCGCAGGGGGCGACUGGGAAAGUCACCAUCGGCGGGAAUGCAUGAACCCGCACUGCAACCGGCCGGCCCGGGGAUCGGACGAGAUCUGCUGCGGUCGUUGCACCGAAACACAGGGCCGGGAGCACUCCUUCAACUGUAAUGCCCGCACCGUAUACGGUGACGACAAGAGGCGGUCGGGCCGGCCGUGGGGCGGAGGCGACGGGGGGAACGGCCCACCGGACCGCGGCGACCCGAACAGGCGCCGGGGAAGCGGAGGCGGCAAACCCAGCAAGAAGCCGAGCAAGGCCGCCAGGGACAGGGAACGCAACCUCUUCCGGAAAGGGGGCAAAGGAAAGGGGGGUCGUUCUCACCUGCAACUGACUUUUGGAAAAGCACUGAAGCUAGCUGAACAGGAGCUGGUCCGGGUCGAGCCGGACGGGCGCAAGCUCAACCCGGAGCUACUCAAGGCAGGCACUGCCGUCGCCCUCCACGUCCGAAAGUCCAAAACGGACCAAGAGGGGGCAGGCGAGCUCGUCGCGCGGGCCUGCACGUGCGAGGCGCUUGAGGCACGGCCCUGGUGCCCGGCCCACACCGCAUGGAACCAUGCCCGCAAGCGCAUGGGCUCCCUUAGGGAAAAGGGAGGACGCGCGCCGGGAGCCCCGCUGUUCACGGACGCGGACGGGCACCGCCUGACCCAGAAGACCGUCACAGAGGCCAUCGAAUACGCGGCCGCAAGGGACGGGCAGGAGAUACGUAAGGACGGGUGGGCAUGCUUCGGGUCGCACAGCCUACGGGUCGCCGGGGCAAUUGCGGCCUUUGAGGCCGGGCUCCAGGAGGAGACAGUGAAGGCGCUGGGACGCUGGACCUCCACCAAGGCGAUGUAUGCCUACCUGAGGGGUACACCAUACACGAAGGCAGCCUGGGCCUCCAAGCCCACGGCACAAGUUUUGAUGCGCAACGCCCGGAGCCGGACAGGACUGGAUCACGUGGUGUGGCUGGAGAUGGGCCGCCACCGGGGCAGCGGGGGCCUACACCUUGAAGGACGGGGCCGCAUGCACCCGGUGCUUUCGGCACGCCUGACGCCAGGGCGCGAAGAAGACUUCAAGGACGAAGAAACGCUGCAGCCCAGACCACCGCAGCACUCGUCUGGAAAAAGAGAGUGCAUGAUUGAGGGCGGUCGGGACGAAGAAACGCUGCAGCCCAGACCACCGCAGCACUCGUCUG